GCACGCAAGUAACGAAUUUCAACAAUAAAAAAGUUAUAUAUACUUCCCCUUUCUUGCGCUUCUCUCUCUCUCUCCCUCUUUCACCAACUGUUUUUUUUUUUUGUCCACAGCUAUUCUGAUCGAAACCAAUUAAAGGAAUCGCAGGUGGGACUGAUAGAGGUUGGUGUAUUGCCUGCAUGGAGACACCCGCAAUGGCUACGCAGGCACCAAAACUUAAUCAGAAAUUGAAUUAUUCCAUGGUUGGUAAAGAGAAUGAUAUGAUGAUGAUAGGUGGUCUAAUUUCUAAGAAGUCUGGUAUUGAUUUGAUGCAAAACUGUGAUCUCCCUCCACCUCUCAAGGUGUUCGCUGGGUUGGAUAAGGCGGUGGAGUUGAUGUCGUUGAAUAACAGGGCGGGUUAUAGCAUCAUAGGACAAGAGGACGAUAAAAACGAUGAUGGGAAGUUGGAGAUUUUCAAGGCUUUAAGGUUGUCGCAAACGCGUGCGAGGGAAGCGGAAAGGAAGGCGGCGGACUUGGCGGAGGAGAAACAACGGGUAUCGGAUGCUUUUAUGAAAGAAUCGUUGCAGUUGUUUGCUUAUCGGCAAUGGGUGAGAUUGCUUGAGAUUCAAGUCUGGGUUCUGAAAUCACAAAUGGUGGAGAAAGAUAAGAAUUUUUGUGAUAAAACAGAGAGGCAAAGAGUGGUAGAAGAGGGAAUUGAGGGUGGAAACAAUAAUGGGGAUGAAAUGUCAUUGAUUGUUGCUUUGGCUAUUUGCCUUGGGAUUGCCAGUGUUGGUUUGGCAUUUGGUUGUAGAUAUUUGUUUUGAAUGAUAAAGGAAGAAAAUGGGUAAAGACCUCUAAACAGGCCCAGCAAACAUGUCUUCCACACUUGCAUUCGAUAUGGUUACACCCAUCGAUCUUCUCGAUUGUAUAUCCGCAUACGGGGCAAGUUUUUACCUGCUCUUUCCCUUUGCACCACUCUUUCAAAGAUAUAUCUGGAUCUUCCUUGAACUCCCGGUACUUCUCACAUGACAGAUAAGGAUGAUACUCCCCAUGGCACCUAGUACAAGUCUCCGUGUAACAUGCUCCACAGACAAAUAGCUCGCCAGGAGUCUCAGGAUCAGCAACACGAUAAACUGAAGGGCAAUCGGGAGACGGGCAAAACCUGUACGUGCCUUUACUGGAUGCAACAAAUGCCCCUAAAGAAGCCCGAAAAAGUUGCUCCAACAUCUCCGACAAAAGGAGAGACUUCAAAUCAGUAAGCAAUAUGGGGACAUUACACCCUUGGUGCGCACAGCAUAUAGGGAAACUAUCCAAGUUUCUGAUUGCAGACUCGCAUUGCUCCACCAAACACGGACGGCAGAAGAAAUGUGAACAACCUUCAAGCCAGUAGCCAUCUUCUACUUCACACAAGCAAAUAGGGCAGGUAGUAUCACAAUCCGAUUUCUUGGCUAAAUCUUCACCUGUCUCUGCAAUGUCAAGGACAAUCAAUUCAACCUUUCUCUUUGUUUCUUUGUCCCCAUGGAUUGAAAUAACAUGAUGCCUGGAGUCAAGUGUAAACUCGGACCCAGGUAUCUUCUCUUUCAGCCCAUGAAGGUCUGGCCCGAAUUUCUUAACCACUUCCUUCAUCAAGUCAGGUGGCAGACCCGGACCACGAAGGCAGACCUCAAGCUGCUUGCUCUCAUGGUACGACAAAAGAGAUUGAAUCAUUUUUUGCUCCGCUACAGCAGCAGCAUCUGGAGAGCCAAAGAUUCUUACACCCAGACUAUGCCUGUCGAAAGAAAUGUAGGUUCUUGUCUCCCGUUGCAAUGACCUCAUAAGAUGAAUGCCAUCUCUAGAGAACAAAUGCUGCAAUAUAGAAGGGGUGAGGCCGGCAUGUUUUAUGGUUCUACCAUUCAUUAGCUCUUCAAGUGGCCUUCUCAUCUCUGCAACAGUUUUGGUGGCAUUGGCAGAUAUUCUCACCCGAUAGGAACCAUUUCCAUUCGCCUCUAUAGAGCAACCUGCACCUGUAAAAGAUGUAUUUCAUGCCCAUCAGCCUUUGACAAUUUCAGAAGAAAACAAACAAACUCCUUAAUUA